GAGACAGCAAUAGAUUAGAUUCCUUUAGCAUGUAAAACCCUAAACCCAAACUUGUUGUGGUAGAUGAAGCAAGUGGCUAACUGCUAUAAAGCCCCAAGCAUUGGUGCUGUGGAUUGGAGCGGAAAUGGCCGGUGCAUUGCUCCGUUCUCUCUGGUCAUCUUCUAGAAGAUCUUUUCCUCCCACAGCCUUCUCUGAUCCCAACCUACACAACUAUGCACGGGUUACUAGAUCUGCACGCGCCUUCUCAGCCGCCACAGCUACAGCGCCUGCAGCUACCCCUGGUGGUGCGCUGGAUCCUGCCUUGCUGAGGAACGUCGCCGUCAUAGCUCAUGUCGAUCACGGAAAGACCACUCUCAUGGACCGGCUCCUCCGCCAGUGCGGCGCUGACAUCCCACACGAGCGUGCUCUUGAUUCUAUCAGCCUCGAGCGCGAGCGUGGUAUCACAAUUGCUUCCAAGGUUACAUCUCUAUCAUGGAAAAAAAAUGAGCUGAACAUGGUUGACACUCCUGGACAUGCAGACUUUGGUGGUGAAGUUGAGCGUGUAGUUGGCAUGGUUGAGGGAGCAAUCCUAGUUGUUGAUGCAGGUGAAGGACCACUUGCACAGACAAAAUUUGUUCUUGCCAAGGCCUUGAAGUAUGGUUUACGUCCUAUUCUUCUUCUAAACAAAGUAGACAAGCCUGCAGUUAGUGAAGAGCGAUGCAAUGAAGUUGAGAUUCUUGUCUUUGACCUUUUUGCGAAUCUGGGAGCUUCAGAGGAACAAUUAGAUUUUCCUGUUCUUUAUGCCUCUGCAAAGGAAGGAUGGGCUUCAUCGGCUUAUACAAAGAGUCCACCAAACAAUGCCAAAGACAUGUCCGAGUUGCUCGAUACAAUUGUACGCCAUGUUCCUCCACCAACUGCCAAUCUGGAUGCACCUUUUCAGAUGUUGGUUUCCAUGAUGGAGAAAGAUCCCUAUGUUGGGCGAACGUUAACUGGACGUGUAUCUUCUGGAGUUGUUCGCGUUGGGGAUAAAGUACAUGGGAUUCGGAAUACAGACUCAGGAAUUGUCAAGAUUGAAGAAGGAAAAGUCACAAAGUUGAUAAAGAAGAGGGGCAUGAGUGCAGUUUCAGUUGAUUGUGCUGGUGCUGGUGACAUAAUUUCAAUGGCUGGGUUGACCACUCCAGCAAUUGGCCAUACUGUUGCUAAUGUUGAGGUUUCGACAGCUCUGCCCACUGUUGAUCUUGACCCCCCUACAAUUUCUAUGACUUUUGGUGUUAAUGAUUCUCCGUUGGCUGGACGUGAUGGAAUCCAUUUGACUGGAGGUAAAAUUGGUGACAGGCUAAUGGCUGAAGCAGAAACCAAUCUUGCUAUAAAUGUUCUUCCCAGUACGUCAGAGUCAUAUGAAGUACAGGGGAGGGGUGAACUUCAAUUAGGAAUCUUAAUUGAAAACAUGAGGCGAGAAGGAUUUGAGCUGUCUAUCUCUCCACCCAAAGUCAUGUACAAGUUUGAGAAAUCUCAAAAGCUUGAACCUAUUGAAGAAGUGACUAUUGAGGUUGAUGAGGCACAUGUGGGUCUAGUCAUGGAGGCACUCAAUCACAGGCGAGCUGAAGUAACAGACAUGGGUCCUGUCCCUGGCAAUGUUGGCAGGACAAGAAUGUGUUUGACUUGUCCUUCAAGAGGGUUGGUUGGUUACAGAAGUGUUUUCAGUAGUGAUACUCGUGGCACAGGAUUCAUGCACCGCGCUUUUCUGAAUUAUGAGAAGCACCGUGGUCCUCUCGGAAAUGUCAGAAAAGGUGUUUUGGUAUCUAUGGGCUAUGGAACUAUCACUGCUCAUGCAUUAAUGAGUCUAGAAGCUCGUGGAGUUCUCUUUGUCAGUCCUGGGGUAGAGACAUAUGAUGGCAUGAUUGUUGGAGAACAUUCUCGAGACACUGAUCUUGAUAUUAACCCAGUAAGGACAAAGGAACUCACCAAUAUACGGGCGGCCAGCAAGGAUGAGAAUGUGAAGCUAUCUCCUCCUCGACUUAUGACUCUUGAGGAAGCAAUAGGAUAUGUUGCAUCAGAUGAGCUUAUUGAGGUUACACCCAAAGCGAUUAGGCUAAGAAAGAGAUAUUUGGAUGUCAACAAGCGUAAAGCUACGAGGCACAAACCAAAGGAGUGAAAAGUUUGAGGAAUUGCAGUUUUGUAAGCAAUCAAUAGCUCUGCUAGAGGCUAUUAGUGGAAUAUAGUUGUAUUACAUUGCACUGUUAAUGUUUAGAUUUAUCCACUCCAUUUUAGGUUCUUUAUAUUUAUAAAUACAUUUUUUACAUGCUUAAAAUUUGUAUAUAACUACUACCAGUUUCACCAUUGAGGGAUAGAAGAAACCUUUACUGUACUAAAUGGUAGAAUCAAUAAGAGAAACUCUUCAUUAACCAUUACUGUUGAGUGGUUUACC